UUUUGCAAAAAAAACUCACAUUAACAAAGCUUAGCCAUCAGCAUUAGCCUUAGAGAAAAAAGAAAGCAGAAGAAUAUGGGCAUAUUCAGAGAAGCCCCCAAUUGUUUUCCCGGAGGAUGGUGCGGCAGUGGCGCGGCGGCCCGAAUGGCAAAGUCGUGCGACUACUGUCACCUUACCACCGCACUUGUGUUCUGCCGCACGGACAACACUUUCUUGUGCUUGUCGUGUGACACUCGCCUGCACGCACGCCACGAGCGUGUGUGGCUAUGCGAGGUCUGCGAGCAGGCGGCGGCCAGCGUCACCUGUAGAGCUGACGCGGCCGCCCUCUGCGUCGCGUGCGACUAUGACAUCCACUCCGCCAACCCGCUCGCCCAGCGCCACGAGCGGGUUCCCGUGGUUCCCUUUUACGAACCUGUCGAAUCCGUCGUGAAGUCAACCGCCGCCACACUUCUCGUCUCGAUCAACGGUUCAAACGAUUCGAUCACGACCACGGCCACGGCUAUAGCCCCGGUAGCUGCAUGUAUUGGACACCAUGAUCAAGAAGAUUACAACAUUGAUCCAUGGAUUCCACCAAACACAAUCACAUCAAAACUUCCAUUAAACACAGACAUGAAAUCAAUGAAUUUCAUUUUCUCAGAUUCAGAAAACUGUCUUGAUUUUGAUUACUCUGUUUCUGUAGACACACAAUCUCAACCUCAUUACAAUUCAGCAAAUGACAGUGUUGUACCAGUACAAACUACUGCAAUAAAACCAAUGCCAAUUCAUCAUCAAGAGAAACAUUUCGAGAUUGAUUUCACUCAAUCCCACAUCAAAUCUUACAACACCCCAUCACUCAGUGUGUCUUCUUCAUCUCUAGAUGUUGGAAUUGUACCAGAUGGAAGCUCAAUUUCAGAAAUAUCACACCCAUAUAUGAAAAGUAUGAAUAACAGCAGUAUUGAUUUAUCAAAUUCUGCAAAUCAUCAAGGUGAAAAAUUACUUGGUUUAGAUAGAGAAGCAAGAGUUUUAAGAUACAGAGAGAAGAAAAAAAACAGAAAAUUCGAGAAAACUAUUCGAUAUGCUUCAAGAAAAGCUUAUGCUGAAACAAGGCCAAGAAUCAAAGGUCGUUUUGCUAAGAGAACAAACGCCGUCGACGACGCCGGCGAAUUCGAUGACAUUGACAGGAUUUUCUCCGGCGCCGAUUUCGUUGCACCUGAUUCACGAUACGGCGUCGUUCCUUCGUUUUUAAGUUGACGUAAUUAUAUUUACUUACUAAAAAAGUGAAAACAGUUUUAUUUCCAUUUUUAGUAUAAACUGUAUCUCCAAUUACCCGAAAAUAUCCAAUGGAAGGGUAUUUUAGACAGUAUAUUUUCUGUCUAUUUAACUUUCUUA